CCCUCUCUCUUUUUCUCUUUCUCUUCAUGAAAUGAGUACAAAUAUUCUGCCAAGAUCAUAUGCUCUAAUAUUCUAUCAAGCAACAAAAAUUGAAAAAGCGACGCGUGCACCCUUUCUCCGUCUUUGUCUCUGUAUUCUCUCUCUGUAUGUCUUUGUGUAUCCUGUGACCUUUUUUGUAUUUUUCACUUUUUUCUUUUGUAUUAAUUGCACUUUAUGACGACACCACAAAUUCCGUUUAUUACGGCACCCUUCAAAAAGACAGAUGAUGUUGACUGGAUUCAUCCUUUAAAGAAAUAUAUCGCUCGCUUUUAUCAAGACGACCCAGAAAAAUAUAAAGAAGAAACUCAGUCUUUUAAUCGGUUACGCCAAGAUAUUCGUGGUGCAGGAAAGGACAUUACCGGAAGAGACUUGCUUUAUCGUUAUUUUGGACAGUUGGAAUUACUCGACUUGCGUUUCCCUGUUGAUGAGAAGCAUGUCAAGGUGUUAUUCAACUGGUAUGACGCUUUUAACAACAGGGCCGUUGCCCAAUAUUCUCUUGCAUUUGAAAAGGCCAGUAUCAUAUUCAACGAGGCAUCUACACUAUCAGCAAUUGCAAGUGCACAAAACCGAGCCGAGGCAGAAGGACGAAAACGAGCGUUCCACUACUUCCAGGCCUCUGCAGGAAUGUUUCAGUAUAUCAAUGACAAUUUUCUACACGCUCCUUCCGAAGACUUGAGUCGAGAGACAGUCCAAAUGUUGUGCGAGCUUAUGUUGGCGCAGGCUCACGAGUGCUUUUUGGAGAGCAGUAUUCGAGAAAAAAAGAAGGAGGGAUUGAUUGCCAAACUAGCUAGUCAUGCAGCUUGGGCCUAUGGACACCUUGUGGAUGCUGUGAAUGAUGCCAUACAGCGCGGUGUGGGCGUCGACAAGUCGUGGGUGACUAUAUGUCAAAUCAAGCAAAAGUAUUAUGCUGCAACAGCUCAGCAGCAUAAGGCUGCUGCGUGUGAGGCUGAAGCCAAGUAUGGUGAAUGUGUAGCAAGAUACUCAGCUGCUGAGUCUGCUGCCAAAGAGGCAGUCAAGUUAUCCAAUAGUCUGCCUUCACUCUUAUUGAUCUCCAACCAUGCGAAUGGAACGGUUCCUAGUGAAUGCGCAAACGCCCUUCAAGAGCUUUGCAAGACUUUGAGUGCUACAUGCACAGAAAAAGUAACAUCAGCCACUCGGGACAACGAUAUGAUUUAUCAUGAUGCAGUACCUCAAGAAUCCAUUCUGACACCGAUCGACCGUUUAAAAGCUGUCAAGACGAUUCCUAUCUCUGAACUCUAUGGACCUGACGAAAUCAAAAAGGUCAUUGGUGUUGAUUUGUUUUCGAAACUUAUUCCUAUCAGUAUUCAUGAAAGCGCUUCUUUGUAUUCUGAAGAAAAGGCCAAGUUACUUCGUUCGGAGAAUGAGCGAUGCGACCUUGCCAAGGCCGAGCUCAACACAUCCUUGGACUAUAUGAAGCUGCCAGGGUCUUUGGCAAAAUUUAAGCAGCAGACAUUGGAUAUAUAUGCUUCACCACCUACCGAAGUGAAACAAUGGGCAGAUCAGGUGGUCUUGGAGGAGCGCACCAAGUCCAUUGGUGAAUUACUAAACACGUUAAAUUCAGCGAAAUUGGAAGCAAGGCAAACCUUGGAUGAGAUCAACCUGAAUCUUGAUACAGAAAUGAGGGAUUGUGAACAAGAACGAGUCAAACAUGGUGAUCUUUGGACUCAGGCGCCCUCUGCAUCACUCACAACCGAGUUUCGUCAUGACAUCUUAAAUCAUCGUAGAAUGUUAGAAAAUGCGAACCAGUCGGACCAACAAUUGUUUGCAAAGUAUAGCUCUGUUCAGCAUCAUCUUGAUAUCCUGAAGCAACCGCAGGCCUUGGAAAAAGCGUUUACAGACACUAUCAUCAACUUAUCAAACAAAAGCAACGUUGCCUCAGACAUGAGCUUGUUGGAUGUAGAUACUGGUGUCGAGGACAACAAAAACAAGUUGAACGAGAAGGUUCAGCGAGUGGAAUCCAUUUUGGAAAAGUUGCGUAAAAUUGAAAGUGAUAGAAAUGAAACCUUCCAGGAUCUCAAAGAAAAGACAUUGCAAGAUGACAUCUCACAGUUAUUAAUUUUAAAUAAGAAGGCAAACGUAGAGCAGCAGAUUUUUGCAUCUGAACUCGAGAAAUUUAGACCACAUCAACAGCGCAUCUCUGCUACUAUCCAGCAUCAGCAGCAAGCUAUUCAAGAAUUGACUGCAGCAUUUAAGGAUUUGAUGGAGGGAACUGAGGCACAAAAACUGCACUCACAACAUGAAAAGGCAGAAAAGGCUCAAAAGAGUUUGGUGAUGGAUUUGAAAGAAGCAAAGUCUGUUUAUGAUGAAGUGAGAGAAGGAUUGGGUAAAGGGAUACAGUUUUAUCGUGGAUUGCACGACACUAUUGAUUCACUCCAACGUAACGUUCAAAGAUUUGUUAAUGAACGCACGGCAGAAAGGCGUCGCUUGAUAGAAGAAAUUGAGAGCACAAAGAGCACACGCGAGCAGACUCUAUUGAAAGAAACAUUAAACAAAUAUACUGCCCCUCCCGUGGCUCCCCAGCAGCCAUCUCAGCCUGCAAUUCUUCAGCAUCCAUCUCAGCCAGUAAUGCCUCAACAUUCGGCUCCACCAGUUGUUCCUCAGCACCCACUCCCAUCAGCAGUGCCUACAACAACACAGCUUAUAAACCAAACAAGACAAUUAUCCUUGAAUGAACCAAGCGCUCCUUAUCAGUACACACCAACGCCACCACCUAAACCUCAAGGUAUCCUUCAGCAGCAGACACCAUCUUACAGUGGAUAUGGCUACCCUCAACAACAGCAACAACAACAACCACAACAGCAGCAGCCAUCAUCUGCGGUAUAUACAUCUCCUGUUUAUACGCCUGUAGUUUCUAAUCAGCGUCCUGCCUACAAUGGUCAGACUAUGUAUCCAACAAAUUACGCAUCUCCUCAAGUACAGAGCUAUACCCCUACUCAGGUACCUCAACCAAACUAUAUCCCUCCUCCUACUCCCCAACAGCAACAACAACAACAGCCACAGCACCAGCAGCAUGGCUAUAUCCUUCCCCAACAACAACAACAACAACAACAAGGUUACUACUCACCUCAGCAACAAGCUUUUAUGCCACUGCAACAGCAAACCUAUCCUCAACAGCCAAUGCAAAACUUUGCUCCUCCACAAAACUUUACUCAACCUAAUUUUCAAGGACAAUAUCAUCCACAACAACAAGGAUAUCCACCUUAUCAACAACAACAACAACAACCGCCCUACGCUUCUCAAAAUAGACCACCUUCUAAUAGUCUAUUAGAUUAA